CGGCAUUCAGCCAGUCACCGUUCAGACAACACACGGCAGUAGACAUUCGCGCCGCGCGCAAGCGAAUUAUUUUCCCGCCGCAAAUUGAAAAGCGCACGUUCUCAAUUCAAAGUUCCUAGCCGGCUAUUGGUAGCUUUGAAAAUAUGCCUAAAAAGAAAUAAAUUAUAAUUGUCGUUAAAUUAUUUAAUUAAAAAAGUGUAAAUUCGUGACAUUUGACAUUAAAUCACAUGCUAGUGACUGUGUUUUCGCGUACAAAACUUCUGUGAUACGAUAUUGCUGUGAAACAAUUAGUUUUAAAAAACUCUAUUCUGCGUUAAAACUUUCUUAUAGUUGAAAGGUUUCGUGAAAUUAUUUUCGCGAAACAAUAAACAAAAAUUCUUUAUGAUAGGUCCAUAUAUGAAGUGUCAACAUUUCUACCCCAAACAUUAUGAUUUACAAAUGGAUAUUAUGAUCAGAGUGAAGUGCUGUCAAGAAACUAAAAACCCAAAGUGACGAAGUGCCCUGUAGGUGUCUGUUGUGCUACGUUCCGUUGCUUCCCCUUACCUGUUUAGUGCUCAAGAUGUCAGACAAGACCUCGUCGUCGGUCGGCCCGAGGAGUUUCGAGACGAUUUCGGAGGAGGACCUCGCGUCGCCCUGGGAGAAACUGUUGGGAGAGGUGAAGACUGCUGUUCCUACGAUAAUAAAGACUAAUGUGUCAAGUACCACGAUCUCCAGAUGUGGAGAAGAGGUGUCGACGAACCCUCAAGCGGAAGAUCUGGAGGGAAACAAGUUGACGCGAUCCAAGAGCCUCAAUCAACGUAGGAAUAGCAGCAACGGCCUCCUCAGCUCCAUCCCUAAGCAGCUGAGGCUCUCGCUGCGCGGAGUUCGGAGCGAACCUUCCAGCGUGAAGGACGUGCCUACGACAAGGAAUGAUAGCUCUCUUAAUCUUCUUCUUAGAUACCGUCAAGCCCGUUACGCAGCAAGACGCGUCCGAAAGCGCGUCAUCUUCAAACACGGGGACUGCAACGUCGUCCAAUGGAACGUGGCCAAGCGCAGGCGCCGAUACCUGCAGGAUAUCUUCACGACCCUCGUGGACGCGCAGUGGCGCUGGACGCUGCUCGUGUUCGCGCUCUCCUUCAUCCUCUCCUGGCUGCUGUUCGCGCUCAUCUGGUGGCUCAUCAUCUUCACCCACGGAGACCUCACCCCUCCACCGCCCAACGAAAAUGUCACCUUCAUCCCCUGUCUCAACAACGUCAACACAUUCACCGGCUGCUUCCUGUUCUCCGUGGAAACCCAACACACUAUCGGCUACGGUUCCAGAACAACCAAUGAGGAGUGCCCCGAAGCCAUCUUCGUUAUGUGCAUACAAAGCAUCGUUGGCGUCUUCAUCCAGGCCUUCAUGGUGGGAAUCGUGUUCGCUAAGAUGUCUAGACCCAAAAAGCGAACCCAGACCCUGCUGUACUCCCGCAACGCUGUGAUCUGUUUGCGAGACGGCCAACUCUGUCUGAUGUUCCGAGUCGGAGACAUGAGGAAAUCCCAUAUAGUCGAAGCGCAUAUAAGAGCACAAAUAAUCCGCCGCAAGAUCACAAGAGAGGGUGAAGUGCUGCCAUUCUACCAGCAAGAGUUGAAGGUUGGAGCAGACGGCGAGGAAGACCGACUGAUGUUCAUCUGGCCGAUGACGAUAGUGCAUAAGAUCAAUGAGAAGUCACCGCUAUACAACCUCUCGGCGUCCGAUAUGUUGAGAGAGAGAUUUGAAAUCGUUGUUAUGUUGGAGGGAGUGAUCGAGUCUACGGGUAUGACUACCCAAGCGCGCAGCAGCUUCUUGCCAUCGGAGAUACUGUGGGGUCACAGGUUCGAGACCAUGGUGACCUUCAGGAAGGAUACUGGUGAAUACGAGGUUGAUUACACCAGAUUCAACAAUACGUACGAGGUGGACACCCCGUUGUGUUCCUCGAAGCAACUCGACGAGCUCCGAGCAACUGUGUCGACCUCACAGAAAUUAGAUCGCAUGCUUGGCACCAUACCGAAGACUUUCUCCGCUGACACUCUGGACCUCAGCUCCGUCGAUUCCAUGUCCUUAGACGAGCACAUCGAAAUCAAAAUACCAGAAGCAAGAGCCAGAGAGAACAGAUUAAUGGCCCAAAACAAUUUCGUUCAUCACAUCAAUGAGAAAUCUAGGAAUCCAAGUCAUACUCAUUUGGCUGUCGAGAACGGCCAAGAGACACAUAGAAAUCACAACCCUGAAUACAAACAUUCGGAAGUCAAAGAGCAUAUGCACAGGAGUCAUAGUCACGCUAGCAUGAAGAAGGUGCAUGGCUUGACCCCGAACGGCAUCGGCCAUGCGGGCAAUGGCCAUGAACAUAAUAAUAAGCAUGAUGAGCAUAGUAAAAUCAGAAAAUCUCCAAGCGACAACCAUAUAAGCAAGACUCCAGUGAUCCCGAUCCUGGUGACGUCACCAGAGCCGGAACCGGUGUGACCCCCCCCCCCUCCCGGCACACAAACCACACGUCACCUUCUCACCGCGCGACGAGAGCAUCAAGAACCCAUGCCUUAUGUAACACAAAUCACUUGAAAAUUAGGUACCAGGUGACUUUUGAGGAGUUCGCUAAAGAUAGAUGUUAGGUAAAAUCGAUUUUAAAUUGGAUUCUGUCUGGGUUUAUUAUUUAGAUUGGGGAAAUCAAAAUAUAAAUAAUAAGCACGAUAAAUAUCGUUUAAAAAUUGGUUUUAACCUUACCUUUGGACCAAAAUCAGCUACAGUGUUUUUAAAAACAAGUGAAAAAUAAAACAAAAAAGUUGUACUUACAGCCAAGUUUUAUAUUCUGAUGAUUAUAAUUAAGUAUACAAUGAGGUAUAUUAUAAAAAAUGGUAUUCAGAAUCUUUAUUCUCCAAAGCUUACCUAGAAAGUUUUGGUAGUCGAUAUAAAAGUUGUGUUACUAAUAUUCAAAGUAAUAAUGGCUUGAUGCAGUUGCUCUUUACCAGAAGGUUACGCACAGUUUACUCAUAAUAAAAAAUAAUAUGGCUUAAGCGUGUGGUGCCAACACAAACUCAGAAUAAGUCAGCCAUCAUUGUAAUAGACAACUUUUCUACUUUAACCUUUUCAAACAUCGAUAUACCGGAUAGGGUUGUAUUUAGACCAAGUAUUUAUUUAGUUAAUUUAGCGAACGUAGACACUGGAGACUAACAAAAAAAACGUAUAGAAAUAAAUUGACGUCAAGCUUUAAAAUCUUAGUGAAUCAAGUCUCCGCAGUUUGUGUGUAAGAUUACAAAAACAUGUAGGAGUAAUACUUGUUCUAUCGACAGUCAAACUAGAGAUGGAAUUACGUUUAAUUUUAAGAGAUAUUUAUACUUCCAAUGACGAAUUUAAUUCAAAAUUGAUACUUAACGGCCCCUGUUCACAUAAUUCUCGAUACUAUCAGCAAAUGCGGUGUUUUCGUAAAUAUAAGUGUACUUUUGGAUAAAAUCCAUUAAUAAAACUAUGUAAUAGUAUAAAAUAAUAUAUCUAAGUAUUUAAAAUUGUAUCGAGCUACUUAAGUAACGAGUUGUGAAUGUACAAUUAGCUUACUUUCUAACGCUUUUAUACUUAAAGUCGUACAAAGUACUUUUAGUAUGUACAACAAACAUUGAUAUGUGAUAUAUUUGAAUACUUAAAUUAUUCGGACUAAAGUACUUAGACUUGGCUCUCGCGCUGCCAUGCAUCCGGGGCCACAUGUUAUCGACACAUUUUCCACGUGUUACUAAGAUAGCUAAUUUAAAAUACUUAUAAGUGUUAGUACUACUAAUGCUUCGCAAUAUGUACUGAUUAUAAUAUUUUAUUAUUAUAUAACAACUAUUAUUAAAGUUUUAUAUACAAAUCAUAGUAUUAUUAAAUCUCUCAUUGAAAUAUUAUGAACAUCAGGGGUCUGAAGCGGCGCGGGCGCUGCCUUUUGUAAUCAAUUUGCCCAUAGCUUCGUAAUUUCCUGAUAGAAUUUAUCAGAAUAAACAAAUAAAGUAAUUAAAAAUACGAUCA